AUUACCCAACCAUAUUCACUUCCUCAUCAAACUACAUGACCAUAUAAGGUCCGGAACUCCUAUUACCCAAGCCUGUUCUAUUCAACUUUGUAAGACUGUUUCAUAUUAUUUAAUUCCUCUGCCUGCCGAAGUGUAUUUACAUAUCUCACAUUUUCAGGAAUGAAUAACAGUGUUUUUAAGGAAAUUUCAAGAGAAGAUACAUUUUAGUGUGUACAACUUCUUUAAAGUAGACAACUUCUUAACAAAAAAACAUACAUACCUGUAUUUACCACGCGUGUGCCCACCAGCCGUCCCUUAAGGACACGGUAGAGUUUGCGAUGGCGAGUCGAGACGUUUCUAAGUCCUUCUGGAAGACCUGCGUUGAGUACCAUGCCUUCUUCAGACUGGCCAAAGAGCCCCAGUCACGCAGCAAGACUCUGCUGUCCAGCAAAGGAUCCAGCUUCAGAUACAGUGGCAGGACCCAGAAACAGUUGAUGGAGUAUAUGCCCACAGGGGAGAAAAAACACAGACCUUUCGAAAGGUCCUACUGUAAGUCAGAGUCCAGACAGUGUAGAUCCUCUCCUGACCUCCUCACAGACGUCUCCAAACAGCUCUAUGAGCAGUCCCACUUGUUCCCGCGCCCCGGAAGCCACAGCGAAGAGGAAGUGGAAAGACAACAACAGGAAGUGGGAGGAGCUAACCCUAAACGUAGCCAAUCAGCUGUCGAAGUGGUCUUCUCCACGGAACUGCAGCGGUCCCGCCUCCCACAAGCUUUCCACCAAUCAACGGCCUCUCCUAAGCAAAGGUCCGCCUCUACAUCGGUAGACAUCGAGGAGAGGAGGGCAGGGGGGCAACGGCAGGGAGGGGCGGGGCAUCACCACGGUAACAGCAGGGCCAGACUUCGGCCCAAACCCCAGCCUGCCUCCGACGCGCAGCAAUUGGUCCUCCUAUAUCCCAAUAACCCCGCCUACCAGUUCCAUCCAGUCCUUCCAACAUUCCCAUUGGCCAGCUAUCCGCACGGACAUGCCUACUUUUUGGACGGUGCCGUAACCUCAUUGGAGCGUCUCCCGCAGAUGCAACGCUUAGACCACACCCUGUUGGAGGGGCUGACACACCCUUCUCUCUACACACGCUCUGAUUCGUCUUCCCUGUCGCCACUCAGGCGGAAUCUCCGCCCAUCCGGGCUGGGAUUGACCAGGGUCUACCACGGUGGGUUCUUGAGCGGAAACGCAGCCAGGAGUUUCGACGUCGGGAGAAUAGAGGCAGGACAUUACAGCGACGACUCCAACUUCCUGCCUGGACUUCCUCGUCGUGCCACCAGCCAACCGGACGUUAAGCUCCCCAGAGUAGUCCCCGCCUCCAACCCCGCCUCUGAGUUCCGUCCCUUAGGUUACUACCCCCACCUAUCACGUCACCAGACUCCACAAAGACCCUCCUACCUGCCUCUAAGCUCCUCACCCUUGCCAGACCGGCCCACCUCGCUGUGUGUUCUAGGGGGGGCUGGUGGAAGCUACAGUGAUUCAGACCCAGAAGUAAUCUACCCAUACUACUGCCCAGUACCCCCGUUGGGUAAAGUGGUACGGUCCAAUGCUCUGGCUAGGAUGAGGUUUUCCUCUGGGAGUUUACAACUGGAGGAGGAAGAGGGGGAAGAGGAGAGGUAUAGCAGUGGGGGAGAGGGUACGCCUCGAAUUACAAAACUGAGACUGUAGAAUAGUGGUGUGUGGGUGUGUAGAUCAACAGGUGUUAUGUGACGUGUGUGUGUUAUGUGUGUGUGUGUGUGUGUGUGUGUGUGGUCAGGGUGACAUUUGGUGUAUUCAGGAUGUUUUGUACAUUGAAGAGAUACCCUCCCCCCUAGAGAGACCCCCCCUAGAGAUAACCCCUCCCCCCCUAGAGAUACCCCCCCUAGAGAUAACCCCCCCCCCAAAAAAAUGUUUUUUACAGUGUUGCAGUGAACGCUCGGUUAACAGACGUGUCCGUUUUGUACAACUUUACAGAAAGCAGUGUAUUCUAUUGAAGGUUUUCAUGUCUGAAUUCAUCUGUCAAUAAAGUGUGUCAUGUGA